CUCCCCGAAAGCGGUCGUUGUGAGGUUGCGUAAUGGAGAUCACGGCGGCCAGCGUUCCUUGUUAUGUUAGUGUCGGGUGAAAUCGGAGCUAGAAAGCUUGAUGUGACAGUCCAGUAAAGUUCAGUGACAAGGAAGGUGUGGGCAAGCCUAAGAGAGGGUUGCGUGCAACCGGAUCAUGGGGUCCAGCCAGUCGUUGGGAGUGCCGAGUGGGAGCGGACCAUUUAAAGUGGGAUGUACAGAUGUCAUGGUUGAUCACACAAGGCAGGGAAGCUUCUUUCGUCUUUAUUACCCAUGUGAGGAUGAGCAAUUAAAGCCAGUGUCUUGGAUACCACAAUAUCAGUAUUUCAUUGGCCUUGCUGAUUACCUGGAUAAGAGCAAGAUGUGGUUUCCUCCUCUGUUGUCCCUGGCAUUUGGUCAUUAUUCAGUCCCAGUUGGAUGGAAUGCUUCUUUCAGAGCUGUGGAGAAAUAUCCAGUGAUUAUAUUUUCGCAUGGUCUUGGGGCAUUCAGGACUGUGUACUCUUCCAUCUGUCUCGAAAUGGCAUCGCAGGGGUUUCUUGUUGCCGCCAUGGAGCACAGAGAUGAAUCGGCUGCCUGUACCUAUUACUUCAAGUUGCAAGCGGAGGAACAUUCUGCAGGUGCUCACUCCAAACUGGAAGAAGUGUGGCUGCCCGUCAGAAAACUGAACGCAGGCGAGGAGGAGUUCCCCCUUCGGAAUAGCCAGCUGUCUCAACGAGUAAAGGAAUGUGUUCAGGUUUUGGACAUCCUUUCCGAUAUCAACAGUGGGACGUCCAUCAACAACGUCCUUCCCGAUCGCUUGGACCUCUCUGAUCUGAAGGGCUACGUUGACCUACAGAAGGUUGCAGUGAUGGGCCACUCAUUUGGAGGUUCCACAUCGAUCUUGGCGCUUGCCGAGGACAAGCGGUUCAGGUGUGCCGUGGCACUGGAUGCCUGGAUGCUGCCACUAGCAGAAGACGUUUAUUCCAAGGACCUCGGUCCUCUAUUUUGUAUUAACUCUGAAAAGUUCCAGACAGAGGACAGCAUUGAAAAGCUGAAGAGGCUGCAAUCCACUAACAAUGCUCUCAAAAUUAUCACCAUCUUGGGUUCAGUUCAUCAGAGCCAAACAGACUUCACUUUGCUGACCGGAGACAUGCUCAGCAGGGCAUUUGAGACGAGGGGAACAAUCAAUCCGCUAAAGGGUCUUGAAAUCACCAACAGGGCAGCGUUGGCCUUUCUGCAAAGACACCUGGAUCUACAAAAGGAUUUUGAUAAAUGGGACGCCCUUGUUGAAGGAAAUGAUGCACAUUUGGUUUCUGGGCCUGACCUUUCAACUAAACCUGCUGCUGACUGACGGAGCCCCACCAGUUCCUUAACGUGAAGGAGAAUGCUUCAGAAGUUUUCUUUCCAAGACUGAAAGAAUACCUUGUAUGAAGGAUCUUAAAUAUUGACUGCAAAGGUUGCACUAAUAUGAUGUCAAGUACAAGCAAGCCAAUAAAUUUGACCCUCCUAACAGGC